AAUAUUCUUGCAAACCCUAAACCCUUCAUCGUCCUCCCCACAACACACACUAACACUACAUUUCCCUCUUUCCACCUCCAUUGAAGAAGAAAUGAAAGCUUCAAGUUUAAACCCAUAGCUCCAAUUUUCGAAAUUAAGGGCUACAGCUUACAACCUUCAACCCCUUCACAUCUCAAGCUCUACAACUGCACCCCACCGGUCUUCUGCCGCCUCCUGUUUCACUGCCCGUUUUUCUGUUGCUUUAUAUAUAUACAUAUAUAUCCUAGUCGAUUAUCGGUGGUACAACAUUUAGAUGCAUCGAACUGUGGUAUUAUGGAGCCGUAGAGGAAUCAGAAACAGAGCUACGAUUUUCUCACGCAGUUCAACAUUUAUCAACUCUCAAUUGAAUAAUGAUGUGCGUUCCAGAAAUGAUAAUGAUGUUUUUUCAUUCAGAGCAUUUACAUACAGCACUUAUUCUUUCACAAGGCUGCCACCUAAUCCAAAUGACCCGGCCACCUUGAUGAAGGAGGAUGGUGUGGCGGUUUGUUCCCAAAUGUGGAUUGAGAAUUUCAGGGAGCCUGAUAAAACUGUUACUAAUUUGACAAAUUAUUUGAGAAGGUUUGAGUUGUGGGUGUUGGCUUACCAGAAGGUGUGUGCGGAUGCGACUGGGGCAUACAUGCCCCGUAGCUCCAUCACGCGUUCUGCACUGGAGGAUUUGUUGGCGCUGCGCAAUGCAGUCCUUGAUUGCAGGUUUAAGUGGGGGGCUAGGCUGGAAUUUUUUAUUAGGUCCCCCAAUGACAAGACUGAUUAUGAAUCUUUGUCGAAGAGGAAGAUUAAGGCAAUCUUGACUACCACGCAGCCUUCACCUUUCCAGGAUAAGAUUGUCCAGGAGGUGCUUUUGAUGGUUUUGGAGCCGGUGUAUGAGGCAAGGUUUUCGCAGAAGUCAUAUGCGUUUAGGCCCGGAAGGAAUGCCCACACAGUUCUGAGGGUGAUCAGAAGAAGUUUUGCUGGUUACUUGUGGUAUAUAAAGGGGGAUUUGAGUUCAGUGCUCGAUGGUAUGAAGGUUGGAAUGGUGAUCAAUGCUCUGAUGAGGGAUGUUAGGGAUAAGAAAGUGAUUGAUUUGAUAAAGGCUGCAUUGACCACACCAGUUAUUACCGGUAGACCUGAUGAUGGAGAAAAGAAAAAGAAAAAGAAGAGGAAGUAUCAGAAGAAAAGAGUUUUGGCAGAGGAUGAGCCGAAACCUGAUCCAUAUUGGUUGGAAACGUUUUUCGGGUUUGCACCAGAGGAGGCUGAGAUACAUCCUUCUUGGGGUCAUUGUGGAAUCCUGAGUCCUCUUUUGGCUAACAUAUGCCUUGAUGAAUUGGACCGCUGGAUGGAAGACAAAGUUAAGGAAUUUUAUAAGCCGUCAACUAGUGAUGUCAUAUGGAACAGUCCUGAUGGGGAGGCAGAACAAGGAAAUACAUCUUGGCCGGAAUUUGUUCCUACCAGUGGUCCAGAUAAGACUCGGAAAAUUGAUUACAUACGUUAUGGUGGUCACAUCUUGAUUGGAGUUAGAGGACCAAGGGCAGAUGCAGCAACUCUAAGAAAACAGUUGAUAGAGUUCUGUGAUGAGAAGUAUAUGUUAAAACUGGAUAAUGAGUGCCUACCCAUUGAGCAUAUAACUAAAGGCAUUAUGUUUCUUGACCAUGUAUUAUGCCGUAGAGUUGUUUAUCCUACUCUUCGGUAUACAGCUACUGGUGGAAAAAUUAUCAGUGAAAAAGGCGUGGGAACUUUGUUGUCAGUUACAGCUAGUUUGAAACAGUGCAUUAAACAAUUUAGAAAGUUGAGUUUUCUCAAGGGAGAUAGAGACCCAGAUCCACAACCUUGUUUUAGAAUGUUUCAUGCUACACAGGCUCACACAAAUGCUCAGAUGAAUAAGUUUUUGUCAACAAUGGUGGAGUGGUACAGAUAUGCCGAUAACAGGAAG